UCAGUGUGGUUUCUUUUCUUCUCGCUCGUAAGAUUCGUACUCCUAUCAUAACAGCCCUUUGAAUGAUAUGGUUGGAGAGUAAUCUGCAUGUGUAGUAAAUGUAGAAUUCAGAUUGAUUCACGAGAGUGUCAGCAACUCUAAUGAGAAGUAGGAGUGCCACUGUAGAGAUCAUAGCUAUAGAAUGGUUUGCGAAGGUUUUGGUGGAGCAAAACAGGGAGCUUUUUGAACUUUCGAGGUCGGUCAGUUUCCUUCUUCUUCGUUCUGUCUCUGUCUCUCUCUUGCUUCGUCGUCGUCGUGCGACGGCCGUGGUUUUCGGGCAUGUCACGUAGUCUACACAUAGGUAGAGCCCAGCAGAUGGCGUCUUGUUUGCUGCCUUUUUCUUUGUCUUGUUGGUAAGCUACAAAGCAGAGCAGGAAAAAUCCAUUCUUUCGCCAUGUUUAAGGUGGUUUCCUUGCCCCUUUCCUCGAUCUCUCUCCGUCUUUUCUGCGGGAGGUUCGGAGCGUAGAGGAUAUAUAGAAACAUGAGUAGUUUCGUGUGUUACUUCUAAAUCAGCUGCGGGUAUCAAGUGGUCGAACAAAGCCUUCGUUUGAAUCGACAUGGAGACGGUAAGCGUCGUCGCCGAAAUGUAUUAGUUUUCCUGCAGGACUUCAUCGGAUACCGGCGGCUGAGAGAUGGGUCGGGCGACUCGGUGGCUGCGGAACCUUUGGGGCGGCGACAAGGAGAAAAAGGAGACGAAGGACUACUCCAGUUACGGUGGCGAGGCUAGGACGGAGAAGAAAAGAUGGAGCUUUAGGAAGUCAAGGAGCUCCGGCGAUGUAGCGCCGGGCCAGAACGCUUCCACGGCGGCGGCAAUCGAGGCGGCGUGGUUCAAGUGUUUCUAUGCUGAAAGCGAGAAGGAGCACAGCAAGCACGCCAUCGCCGUGGCCGCGGCCACAGCUGCUGCGGCCGAUGCAGCGGUGGCCAUGGUGCGGCUCACCAGCCAUGGAGCGGGCGCUCGCGAUCAGCUGGCGGCGGUGAAGAUCCAAACUGCAUUCAGAGGCUUCUUGGCGAGGAAAGCACUCAGAGCUCUCAGAGCACUAGUCAAAUUGCAAGCACUGGUUCGAGGAUAUCUUGUUCGCAAGCAAGCCGCCAAGACUCUUCACAGCAUGCAAGCUCUGGUGAGAGCUCAGGCCACCGUCCGAGCUCAAAGAGCUCGAAACCUUCGACCGGAAAUCCGCCAUCGGAGAUCCUUAGAGAGGUCGAAAGAUCUCAUGUCGUCGUUCCAGAGAUGGAGGCUCCCGACAAGCCUCGAUAGCACCAUCAUCGACAGGAGCCCAAAGAUGGUCGAGAUCGAUGCGUCCUACCCGAAGAAGCUGAGUUCUUCUCGCCCGACUGCUACCUCUUUCACAGAUCCAGCGGACGACAUACCUCUGCGUGGAUUCUCCUCUCAGAUUCCAGCACGAAUCUCUGUACCCAGCCGGCGAAACUUCGAAGAGAACGACUGGUACUGCAUCAACGGCGACAGGUGCCGGUGCUCAGUCACCGCACAGAGCACACCCAGAUACGUGAAUUUGUCCUGCGAUGUAGCUGCGACUCCCGUGCUCCGGCAAUCGUUGAGCGUAUCGAACUCUCCCACCUACAUGGCGAAGACGCAGUCAUCCAAGGCAAAGCUAAGGUCACAGAGCGCCGCAAAGCAGCCGCCGGAUCCGGCAGAGACGAGGAGGAGGCAGCCGUUGAGUGAGGUAAACGUGGAGGCCAGGGCUAAUGUAGCUGGCAUCGCAACGAAGAAGCCACGCCCUCAAGCUCAAGAGGCUUUCAACUUCAAGAAAGCCGUGAUCGGGAGGCUCGAUAGGUCCUCGGAGCUGAUGACGAAGGAGGCAGACAGGGAGGCUUACUCCCACAGAAGGUGGUAAUGCAAUGGAGGAAACCCAGUGAUUAUUUUCUCCCCUCUGGUGAUCUGUUCUGUUUUCCUGUUCGUGUGAGCAUGUUGUAUGAGAUUCUUCAUCGAAUGGUGCGAAAUGGAGCUUCAGAAAAUUACUCGAUUUGAAUCUUUCAAGAGGUUUUAAGGA